AUGCUCUCCCUCUUCGGCUUCGGUCCUUUAAUCUACGUCUCCGUGCUCCUCCUCAACGCCGUCGCUAUCCUCUCCGAAGACCGUUUCCUCGCAAGAAUAGGAUGGGGCCGCGCACACCUGCAACAGUCCGAACCCUCGUUCGGGCAGUCGGCAAAUGACCCGGACAGUCUGAAGAGCCGUGCGGUGAACCUAAUCAGCAGUAUACGCAUGGUUGCGAGAGUGCCACUGAUAGCGGUCAAUAUUGUGCUAAUCAUAUACGAAUUGGUGCUGGGGUGA